UCCUUUCCUAGUUUCAUGCAAUGUUCUGCUAAUUACUGUUGAUUAGCAAACAGCUUGGCAAUUAAUCCUGACAGGUUAGCCAUCAGUUUGAUAGCACUGCAUGUCAUCCAAAAGGUAGAGGGAAUUUAUUGUUAAUUUCAGACAAUUAGCAAUGGGCUGGCAGAGCUCACAACAGCCUAAAAGCUCAAUUUUCCAGAACAGCUGAGAUAAAUUACUGAAUCAAUUAAAACACAUCAGUGGAUGUCUGCAAGCAUACUUAAAGCUAGCAAACAAGCCACUGAAAAUUAGUGGGAGGAGAAAGACUAGUAGAGGCUUUUGGGGUGUUUUUUGGUGGUAUUCAUUUCAAGCUGUUGGUAUUUAUUCUGCUCUGACACUAGUUAAAUAUAGCUAAAAGCUAGUACUGACUUAAAUCAAAAGAAUCUAGUAAAGAACAGGAUCUAAAAUGACUUUCCUUCCUAAGUGGUUAACUUUUCUAAAAGGCAAAGAGGUUGUUAUUGCCAAUGCAAUAAUUGCAAUAUUGACAAUUGGUGGGCAGCAACUUUUCUCUUUUUUCACAUUCAGCUGUCCCUGUCAUGUUGGACAGAACCUUAUCUAUGGGCUGGCUUUCCUAGGAGUGCCUGCACUGAUCCUUCUGAUUGUUGGCUAUGCCCUGAACAACCAGACGUGGAGGCUGGUUAUGGGCAAAAGCUCUCAUUUUGAGAGGGAGACUUCAUCAAACUGGCUGCUGAAAUACAAACUGCUCUGCUUUGUCCUGUGCAGCAUCACGGGGAGGGCACUGGUUGCUCCAGUCACAUGGCUUGCAGUGACCCUGAUAAAUGGCUCCUAUUAUAUCUGUGCUGUGAGCGAGUACGUCCCUGUGCAUUACUAUGGAGCUGCUCCUAAUGUUACCGCUAGUGAGCGCAGCAGGAUAUUGGCAACAUUUCCCUGCGGGCAGCUGGUUCCUCCAGAGCUGAGCCGGGCGAGAGAUGAGGUGAUUCUCCUCCUCCGAUACCAGUCACAAGUGGCUGGCUGGCUUUUGAUUGCUGUGGUAGUCAUCACUGUGUUCCUUUCUUACUGCCUGGCAAGCUGUUUCUCCCCACUCAGCUUUCUACACUUCAGAUACUGGAACAGCUACGUCCACAAUGAGCAGGAGCUCUUCGAUGAGGCAACAGAGCAGCACUCCAGGCUCUAUGCCAUGCAGAAUGUAAGGAAGUUCUUUGGCUUUGUCCCAGGAAGUGAGAAUGUAAAGGAAAUUCGUAUCCCAUCUCUCAGGGAGUGGCAGGCCAUUUCUGGACUGGCCUUUCUGAAACAAGUGGAUAAGGAGCACUAUGAUUACAGCCUCCUCCAUGACUGGGCACUCAAGGAGCGUGCGAGUGGAAAGUAUCUGAGGAUUGAUGAAGACCCUGGGAUCAUAACACAGCUCUGAAGAUCCAAGACCCCACAAUACUUUGCAGAAAAGCAGGAAUCUGUCUAGCUCUAUAUCAGACCUGAGCUGCGCUGGAACUUUCCAAUACAGUAUUACAUUGAUGUAUAAAUUAUGUGAGCAUCUUGUUAAUGUGGUCCUUCAGCACCUGCUUACAGAUGCCUUAACUGAUGGCAUUUUGACUCCUGUGGGAUGUGGUGAUCUAUGCCUAGAUUAGGGUGGGCUAUUUCAAGCUUCAGCUCUCUGCUUUCUAAUAGUUGUGCUGAAAGGCUAAGUAUGUACUGAGAACUUAGAAAGUUAUUUACAAAUGCUUUUUUUCUUUCCAUUAAAAGCAGCUUUAAGAGGUAGACCUUGACUGGAUCUCAUGAAUUGGUCCAUUCUGUAUGGAGCAAGGGCAGCUAUCCAGCUUUUCCUUAGUAACACCUAGCAGAAAUUACUUAUUUCUCCUCUUCUGCUAUUUUUCUUGUUUUUGUAUUAUAUAAGUAAUCUACACUGAGCUAACUCCUAGUUAAGUCUGGGCUACAGUAGCAUGCAGGAAACAUAUCAGGAAAUUUUAUCAUCAAAGGCUGAGUUUAGAUACAAUGAUGAGAGAACUUUAAAUUCUGAUAAGGAGAGACAAUACCCACUGAGGCACAUGGUGGAGGUGUGUUAACACAUAGCAGCUGUAUGAACAAACACUUGACAUAUGGCAAGCUGAGUUGAUUUGUAUUCUGGCUGAAAGAAAUAGCGAGGUCAGUCUCCUAUUUGGAAGUACUUCAAAAUCUCCAAGGUGUUUGUGUGCUUGCCUAAUGUACAAAUAGUAAAUGAGGAUGGGAAAAAGAUCAGUCUGUACAGCAGGGUUUGCUUUGCCUCUGUAAAUUUGUAAUUUAUACAUAUACAACACCCAUGGAAAAUGACUGUGAUUAAAAACUACUGAAUUUUGUG